GUUUCAACACGUCUGUAGAGAAGCAGCGGCAAAUGAUUGAGGCGCAGCUACAGGAGGCGCAGAAGGCAGCGCAAGAGGCGUCGAGCGUCAUGAGCGCGGACGAGGCGGUUACCAAGCACCAGCUCAGCCUGUACGCGCACAUCACGCGCGUCACGUGGCGCUCCGACCAGCAGCCGCUGGUGGCGGGCACGGUGUCAGACAGCAGCACUGGCGACAUCCGGCUGUUCAGCUUCGACUCCGCGGCCACCAGCCGCUUCGAGCUUGUUAACGCGCUGUGGGAGCUGCUGUGAGCGCACUGCUCCUUGAAGGCCCCAGGGGACUGUCCCCUCUGUAACAUCCGCAUUCUUGAAGGCCCAGGAGGAAUCGGGAUGUAGCAGGAGUGGGAAGGCCGAGAGGAUGCGGAAGCAGGAAGUGGUGCAUGGCAGAGAGCUGUGACGGGUUCACCCAGGAUAUGGUGUCGGGGCUUGUGGACGAACUGAGAAGGUUUGUGACUGAGGGUCACAUCGCGCCGGCAGAGGAGAGCACCGCAGUGAGCGUCCCCUUUGGUGCUCGUAGAAUGCACGCAGCGAGGCACCAGCCCCCAGAGACAGGUUGCAACAGA